ACGGGCGCCGGAACAUGUGCUUCAAAGCUUGGACAGCCAGAUUUGGGCUUUGCCUCACUCAAUGAUAUGAGAGAGCAUGCUGAGAUGAUUGCGAAUCUGAACCCCCGCAUCCCUCUGAUUGCUGACGCUGACACGGGCUACGGCGGACCCAACAUGGUUGCUCGCACGGUGGCGCAAUACCACCGCAGCGGUGUCGCGGGUCUGCACAUUGAGGAUCAGAUUCAGACCAAGCGCUGUGGACACCUUGGAGGCAAAGAAGUCGUUAGCGUUGACGUCUUUCAGCAGCGCAUCAGUGCUGCCGCUGCCGCCCGAGACAAGUUGGCGUCUGACAUUGUCAUCAUUGCCCGAACAGAUGCUCUUCAGACACAUGGCUUCGAAGAGGCUAUCCGUAGGCUGAAGGCUGCAGCCGCUGCUGGUGCUGAUGUUGCAUUCCUUGAGGGCGUGACCACCAAGGAAGAAGCGCGAGAGGUGUGCCGUUCGCUUGCACCAACCCCAGUUCUCUUGAACAUGGUUGAGAAUGGAGCUACACCAUCCUGGACAGUGGCCGAAGCGAGGGAGCUCGGCUUCAGAAUCAUCAUCUAUCCCUUUGCGGCCCUUGCCCCAGCGUAUGAGGCCAUACGCAGCACAUACUUGCGAAUCAAGGAGACUGGCAUCACUGACAUUGAUCCGACUUUUACCCCCAAGAAGCUGUUCACAGUUGUAGGCUUGAAGGAGGCGACUGCGGUAGAUGUUGCAGCUGGAGGACAGCUGUACGAAAAGGUGUAAUUCUAGUUGAUAUUUGAGAAAUUUUUGUGUCCAUAGAUAAUGCGGAAAAUAGAAGCGGGUAUGAGCAUCAUGACGAUUGCCACGUUUUUUACUACGGCACACGCUCGACCUUAUCUGUGGAUUUUGUGUCUGCGAUGCAUUAGAAGUUAUCAUCCCUGCCAUCCCAAGUUGAAUCCAUCUGCAAGGCUACUCAAAUGAUCGAACAUCAUAGCAUCUUGCAUGUCUUCAGAACUGAAUAGCGGCUCUUGUGUUUCAUCGGAGUUUUCAUUCUCGCCACC